CAAAAUCGCCGCCAUAUUUUUUCGAAGGAUUGAAAACUAAAGUGCGGUCAAUAAAUAUUUUAGAUUUAAAACAAUAGAGGCGAAAAUCAUAAAGAAAAAUUGUGAAAAGUUUAAAAUACAUAAAUGAUGGUGGAUGUUGCUUUUUGCACACUUGAUCUUGAGUGCACACCCGAUGUUUUGAGCCCGGCUCAAUUAGCCGCUUAUGAAAAAAUUGAAAAAGAAUGCAAUGAUAUUAAAGGAAAACUUCAAGAAUGGAAAUUAAUCAAUAAAGGAGAAUUGAUAUUUGGAGGUGAAAAUUUUACAGCUACUCAGUAUGACGGAUACUUUGAUUUGCAAAAUCUUAGAACUCAAAAGUUCCCCUUGAAAGCUACAAAUAGAAGCCAGAAACCUCAUUCAGCAUCAAUACAAAUGCAAUCUCCGUUUCCAGACCAGAAAUCCUUAUCAAGUAAUAAAAGAACAACUUCACCAUUGCCUGGAAAGCGUCGAGCAGCGCCAACAUCAUUCGCAGAUUUUGGUGAGGAUGAUGAUGAUAUUCCACUGGCAAAACGAAUCGCCAGAAACCGAGAUAAAGAUUUUUAUACUCCACCAUCGAAAAUUUCUAAAACAAGUGCGAAGUCACCAAAAGUUUCUGAGAAACCAAAGAGUAAUCCAUCUGCGCCAUCGUCAUCUACACCACCACCAGUAGUUAAAAUAAGGCCAACGGAGGGAACGUCUUUAGGUGGUCUUACGAUUGGAACAGAAGAUGGAAAGAAAAACCUUGACGCUAGUGCAAAAGAAGCCGCUAAUAGUAAAUUGCAAGGGAAAACUUUUCCUUCGUUGGUUGUUCUCGCUAAGCCUUCUUUAAAACCAAAAGAUGCGGCUGCAACAACUAGAAGUAAAUUAGAUUCUAAAGUUAAGGUGGUGUUGAUGUUGACACCAUCUAAAUUUACAGAAUGGCUUAUUCAAGAAGGCUUACUUAAAUCAGUUCAAAAAUGUACAAAACAUCGAAAAAAUGUAUUAAAAUUAGGAGUAUAUUCUGAUGCUUCAAAGUUUCCAUAUUCUGGAGGCUAUGUUUGGAUAAAUGAAUGUUGUCCCAAUAACUUCAUAUCGGUAUUUUUUGGUUCCCUUUUUGAAAAUGCGCCGCAUCCUCCAUCGUGUAUCUUAAAAUUAAUUUAUCACUGGUCUUGCCAAACAAAUAUUCAAAAUGUUGUUCAAUGGGUAAAAGUUGAUAAUGUUUAUAUUAAGGGAGUUUACACAUGGCUACGUGCUGUAUGUACAUUAUCUGUCAAUCAGAAAAUGAAAUUAUUAGGUGGUCCAGGCAAAUACGUUGAAGUUGGCGUUAUUUCUUUAGGCACAACCAGUCAAAAUGGGCAACAACGUCAAGUAAAAGUGGAAGUGUUAGGAGUUCUUGAUCAUGCGGAGAAAGUUAUUCGUCUUCGGGCUAUUGAACCAGUUUCAGAUCAGGAUAGAAAUUAUAAAAAGCGGUUUAUAGCUAUCUUAGAACCCCUAUCAAGAUGGGUUCAGAAAGAUAGUAUUCUCGCAAUAGAUUUGACUAUAGAUAAAACUAUUUUACAAGGGAUGGGUUUUAAAAAUUUAAUACAAGCAGCUGCCAGUGAUCCUACGGCAAAACAUACGAAUUCAGGUGUUAUGGAUUAUUUGCGAAAAGUCGUACCACGAAUGUUCCAAAAUACAUUGAGCUUAUUGUCACGUCAGAUGAUACAACAAUUUUUGGAUGAACUGGUGUGGCGUGAACAGUGGGGGUCAUAUCCUUUGCAGGCAUUUAAUAACAUAACGGCUCAUAUUGCCGAGCAAACAAAAUUAGAAGGUGGCGACAAUUUAACUCAAAGAUUGUACCAAGUCGCUACUAAUCCAUUUAAAGACUGGAGCGUAUCUGAAUGCAAAGAACCUUCAAAAGUCGCUAAAAUUGAUCUUUCAACCGUUGAAACAUAUAAUGAUAAGACUGCGUUGACCUCAUCUACGAAAAAAAAUGUACCAACUUCAAAUAAGAAGCUGCCGGAAAAAAAAGAAACACGCAUUGAGUUAAAGCCAUUGGAAAAAAUUAAAACUGAAAAAGACCCUUGGGUUGUACCAUCAAACAAAUCAAGUAAGGCACUCCCUAAGCAGCCCCUUCCAAAACCUGUUAUGAAAGAAGAAAUAAAGCCACCACCAAACACUAAAAGUAUCGAAGAAAUCUAUUAUGGAAAAAUAUGGGCAGUUGAAGAAGAUACAGAAGAUUUAAAAGACGUGCAAUUAGAAUGUCCAAUUUGUAACGACAAGUUUGCUUCAAAUCAAGAUCUCCAACAUGAUAUUAUGUAUCACAUUAAUUCUGAAAAAAAUGCUAAUCCUUUCCAGUGUAUAUUUUGUAUGGAGAAACAUACAACAGAAGAGCAGUUAAAUAAACAUUGUCAACAUCACCACCCAAUAAAAACAAAAAAUUCGACUGCAUUGUCUUAUCACUGUUUAAUUUGCAAUAAUCGUUUUAAUUCAACUAUACUUCUGACGACCCAUCUACAAAAAUGUCAUGUUGCUCUCGAAUUACCAUACAAAUGUGGAGCUUGUCAAUACAGAACGUCAGCGCAUUGGGAUAUAGUAACCCAUUUUUAUGAUAAUCAUAGUAAUUCAAAUGUACUUCAAUGUCCUCUAUGUUUGGAUGUAUUUUGGAUUUAUUCAAAUGGAGAAUUUAUUAAAAGAAAUGUUGAAAUGUAUUAUUUGCACUUAAGACAGCACUUUGUUAAAAAUCAAAAAAAGGAAUGUGGCAAAUGUGUUCUAUCUUUCGUCAAUAAAGGUGCUCUGAAGUAUCAUCUAUUAAACGAUCAUCAAUCAUACGUAAAAUGGGGCAGUAAAGUGAAGCGAUUAAUAUUUGAAAAUUCUGCAAAAAUUGUAAAAACAACUGCAAGAACAACGUAUAGAGUUACAGCACCUUAUACUGUUGACAAAAGCUAUCAGCAACCAAUAGUUUUAACCGUACCGAAAGGAAAAUUAUGCAUAGAAUGUGAUUAUGAGCUGAAUGAAGAGGGUCAUCUUAAGCAACUCAUGAAAUGUCACAAAUGUCAAUACAAGUCGUGCUGUGGAAGAUCAAUGACAGCACAUGCAUCAUAUUGUCAGGCUGGCGUCAAUCCAGAAAGCAGUGUGCAAAUAGAGUUGGAAAAUGAAAUGCAUUGCGUAUGUGGCUUUUCAAGUUCUGAUGGUAACUCAUUAGCCCGACAUUUAGCUACAUGUGGUCAUAAAAGUGCUUAUAUAUCUCAUCAAGCCGCACAAGAAAACGUUGUCAAAAAGAGUAUGUUUGAGAUGCUUGGUUUAACAAGAGUUGAAGGGGAAAAAGGAAAUGAGAAAGGUUUUACAGAUUCAAAGGAAAACGAGGAGGAAGGAGAAAGAGCGACCAAUGAAGGCGAAGAACAAGACGCCGAUGAUGUUGGUGUUGUAAGUGAAAAUGUAGAAGAGGGUAAUAACGACAACGAUGGUGAAACUAAUAAUGAUGAUGGAGGCGAAGAAAACGGUAAUGAUGCUACAGUUUUAGCAGACACUGCAGAGGAAAAUGAAAAUUUUGAUGAUAUAAUAGAGGAAGAUGGUGGAGAAGAAGCUGAUGAAAAUGCUGCUGCAGGUGACAGUUUACCUGAGGAUGAUGAACCAGCCAAUAACUCUAAUGAACUAAUUCAAUCUCAUAAUGAUGUCGAAAUGUCAUCUUGAAAUCAGAACUGAAUUUUUUUCUCAACAAGUUUUGCAAUAAAUAUUGGUAUUUAAAGAGAUACUAAUGGUAAUUUCCGUAUAAAUAUAUGCAUAAGAUGCAGAAGGAAAUACAUACAGAUUUUUCAAAUACAAGCUCACAAAUAUGGAGUACAUAAUAUAAACAUACUAUAUAUUAUAUACAAAUGAUAUAUGUACAUAUGAAAAUUUACAUAUGUAUAAUUUUUAUUUUAGUAAAGAAAACUAAACAUUUA